ACACACCGCAAAGGCACUUUGAGAAUUGACUCCGUCAGGGAAUCUCGCGAUAUCACGCACUGUGUCUUAUCUUAUCACACCUGCAGACGGAGGAUUGCAGAGGAGACUUUACCAGUGAUAAUUGAUACAUCUGCAAUAAUUACGACACAAACUUAUUACGCUAUUCUUGUGGGCUUUCAUGUAAGAUUAUGAUAUUCGGGAAUGUCGUCAGAGUGUUUUGCUGCAAAAACACCGAGCGCGAAUGGAGGCGAUGAGUUUAUAUUUUCAAUUGAAUCCAAUUAAAAGCCAAGAACUUUCAAACACACAAAGCUCUCAGAGUGUUGUGGGGAAUCAGUGAGUGAGGACGCGGUGAAAUUGUGUGUCUCUUCAAGGGGAUUUCUUGUGCAGAAAAUUAAAGUUGAAGUGCGCGUGAAGGAUGAUUUGGAUGGGAGCAUUCAAAUUGUCUCUAAUUCUCGGAUUUACCUACAUUGUUGUAAAAAGGAACUCUUACAGUCGAAGAGGUGUACAAAGAUCGCGACCAAUUUGCUGCGUUGGUGCGCGAAGUGGCGGCACCUGACGUUGGCCGUAUGGGCAUCGAGAUUCUCUCGUUCACCAUCAAGGAUGUAUACGACGAUGUCCAGUAUUUGCAAUCUCUGGGCAAGGCGCAAACGGCCAGUGUCAAGCGUGACGCCGAUGCCGGAGUGGCUGAAGCUAACAGGGAUGCAGGAAUCCGGGAGGCGGAGUGCGAGAAGAGCGCCAUGGACGUGAAGUACGCCACCGACACGAAGAUCGAGGACAACGCGAGGAUGUACAAAUUGCAGAAGGCGAAUUUUGAUCAAGAAAUCAACACUGCGAAAGCCGAAUCCCAAUUAGCCUACGAGUUGCAGGCGGCUAAAAUUAGACAGAGGAUCCGUAAUGAGGAGAUCCAAAUUGACGUGGUGGAGAGACGCAAGCAGAUCGAAAUUGAGGCCCAGGAGAUUCAGAGGAAGGAGCGCGAGCUGAAUGCCACCGUGAGGCUGCCGGCUGAGGCGGAGAGCUACAAAGUGCAGAUGAUUGCUGAGGGCAAAAGGACUCAGACUGUUGAAGUGGCACGAGCUGAGGCGGAGCGCAUCAAGAAGCUGGGUCUGGCGGAAGCCACGGCAAUUGAGUUGGUGGGAAAAGCCGAAGCUGAGAGGAUGAGAAUGAAAGCUGCAGUGUACAAACAAUACGGCGAUGCUGCCAUCAUGAACAUCGUUCUCGAAGCCUUGCCCAAGAUUGCCGCUGAAGUUGCCGCUCCGCUGGCCAAGACGGAAGAAAUCGUGCUGAUCGGCGGCAAUGACAGCACAACGGGUGACGUGACUCGCCUCGUGGGACAACUGCCGCCGGCCAUCAAUGCCCUAACUGGGGUGGAUGUGUCCAAAGUGCUCUCGAAGCUGCCCGGCGCCAAGGCGUGAAUCUAAUUCACUUAUCUCCCAAAUCGACACACAUUUUUCACAAUUUGCGUUACCCUUUAGUUGUCUAUAAGCAUUUAGAAUACGAUUGGGAUGGUAUUUUACACGUUUCUUUCUUUAAUCUAUACGAUUUGUUGAGUUUUUCUAUGUUUCUUCUUGAGUUUACGCGAGUACAAAUGUGAAAAGAAAGAAAAGCAUUUCUUUUGCCAUAGCAAAAUGCACCAUUGAGUUAGAAUGUUUGUGACUAUUUUUGGCUCCAUUCUGAGAUGGAAAUGGAGGAUUUAUUUUUUUCCUGUAUCUGUUCUCAAAGACAUUAAUCAAUGUAGAAAUGUAACAAUUCUUCAAAGAAAGAAAAAAAAACACAGUAUCCUUUCUCCCCAUUCAAGUCAGUGUGAUUGUUACCAGAGCUUUUCUGUAAAAUGGGAUAAAACAGUAUAUAAGAGAAAGAGAAAUGAUAACUUCUAAACAAAUCAUUUCACUUAAACUGCCAUAAAUAAUUUCCACAUUUCGUCUUGUGAAGCUAUAAAAGCUGUUAAGCAAAGAAAGAAUUUCCCUCAGAAGUAAAUGUAUUGUGUUAUAAAAGAGAAAAAGAAUUAAAUUAAGGAUAUGUUGAGAGAACAAUCAACACUAACUAAAACAGAUUUAAAAUGUAAUUGCUAUAGUGAGAAGUAGAAGAAAGAUGAAAAAGAAAAACUGUAGGUAAGAUUAUAGUGAAUGUAAAGUGGACAUAAAUUGGCAAAUUAUUCUCUAAAUUUUUAAUGCCUUAACAAAAUGAGAAAAAAAUAAGAAUUAGGUAAAGAAGAAAGUGUUUAAAGAGAAAGAGAAAGCUCUAAACUAUUGAGAUGAGGGAUGGAAAAUUAAAUGAAAAGUAAAGCUAUUUGAGAUGGUGGAAUCUGUAAAAUUAUCUAGUGAGAAUUUGAGGCAGAUAUAUUUGAAUUUUAAAGGUCUUUUCUUACACAAUUAAAUUGAAGGACAAAAGAAAAAUCGACAGAGGAUUAAUUAAAUUGAAACUAUUGAGGGACAACAAAAUACGAUGAGAGAUUGAGAAAAUACUCUACAGAAUUAUUUUUGAUAUUGCAACAGUUAACCAAAUAUAGUGAGUGAGAGAGAGAAAUUGAAAAAAAGGAAGCGCUGAAGGAUGGCAAGAGAGCUAGAAGUAGAAAUUAGCGGGAAAUUUUUACUUGUUAGCUAAUCAAUGGUAAAGAAGAGAAAUUGAUGAAAUUUAUAAAGUAAGCAAGAAUUUUCCCUCUAGAAAAUUUACACCUUACGCAAAAGUAUUUAAUUUGACAACACAUUCGCCAAUGUUAGAGGAUGAGGAUGACAAAGUUACUGAAUUCUUCGAGGAAAAUCAAAUGUAGAUUUCUCCAUUUUCCAACCACACACACACACAACAUAUUCUUGCUUCACUGGAUGAUUGCUGAAAAUUCGGGGCCAAAGAGAGAUGAAAGAAAAAACCACGAAAGAGCUGAAAAGAGUUGUACAUUGUUGACGACAAGUAGAGUUGGCAGAUGAAUUCCCAUCAGAGAAGAUCGUAGUCUCCUCUUAGGUAGAAACUACUAUUUUGUAAAUAUCCUCCCUGAAGAAGGACAUUUGAAUGGAAGAUAGAAAGAGAAAAAACUUAAGAAAAUUCCGUCCCCAGCCAUUUUUUACAAGAGUUCAUUCAUGAGUAAAACUUCCUCUUCACACUCUUGGACGAAUUUGUUCCUGUAAUUUGUAAUGCUUUUGAGAAGUUUUGUAGAAACUUCGGCAAUGCAACAUGAGAUUCAGUAAUUUUUUCAUUCUUCCAAAAAAAAAAAAAAGAAAAAUGAAAGGGGUAUUUUCUAAUUUGCGCAUCCCAAAAUUAAUUCCCUCCUCUUUCUCAGUUUCUGUUUUUGAUUUUUUUUUGGACAUUGGAGAAGAAAAAUGUGUAGAAAAAUUGUAGCGAAAAAAACAAUACGAUAGUGAAAAUAAUAUUUUUUCUAAAAGAACAUUUACUGAUAAAUGAAAAUUGAGAGAGAAAAUAAAAAUUAUUGAGAAUGGAAAAUAAAAAAAUGUAACAUGAAAAAUAAAUGUGUUCAAAAUUGUUCAAAUUUGAGAGAAAGAAAGAGAAAAAAAACCUUUAACCGAAGAGAAAACUAACGUAGAUUUGUAUGAAUUCCAUAAAUUGAUAUUAAUUACUUUAUAAGCAAGCAAUUAACUCUUGUUUUCUUGUGUAGUUUCUCAAUAUCACAAUUUCUCAGCAUAUAAAUUAUCAUGUUUUCCUUUUUGAUAAAGAUCAGAAUUGUUACACAUUUUGUGCAUCAAUGAAAGACAGAGAGAGAGAAGGAAAAAUAGCAAAAGUCUUGCUUCAUACAAUGAUAACAUGAAAAGAAAAGAAAAAAAACUAGUAUCUUCUCGUAAAUGAUACCUCAUUUUGAAAAGUAUAACUUUAUACCAAUUUAUGAUUGUAAUUGUGAGAGCAGAGAAUUAGUUAAGGGUUAAACUUACUUUAGUCAACGUAUAAAUGGGUAAACAGUAAGAAUUGAUGAAGCAGAAGUAAAAAUAUAUUUACCGGGAGAAAAAAAACAAGAAUAGAGAGGAUAAAAAAUGCAGAUAAAAGUUUAUAUUUUAGAGAAUAAGAAUUAAGAGCAAGAAAACACUUUAGGUGGAAAAUGAACAAUCCUAAACUUUACAAUCUAAAUCUUCAUUUGGAAAUGAAUCAUAGAAUUUGAGAGUGAAUGGCAUUGAAUCAAGUACAUUUGUACCUAUUUCUUCUUAAUAUUUACAGAUGAAGGAACACAAAAUACACAAAACAAUCCAUACACUAUUUCAUAUACACACUCUAAGAAAAAUGAGAAAGAACGUCAACUUAACACUAGAACUUGAGAUCUUUCCAUUAAAUUAUAUAUUUUAAGGUGGAAGCAUUUUACAUUUUACAUGCAUUUCCUUGUCUGUUUGUGGCAUUGCAUUGACUUUUCCUCCACGAUGCUCAAGUAAUUAAUUAAACAAUCUUCAAUCUCUUUCGCCUCUUCAAUUCUUUAUUUCCACAGUAAAAAAAAGAAGCCAGACAUAAGAAAAACCAGUAUCUUCCAAGAGCCAUGAUGUGAAAAAAUCGCCUCCAAACAAUGAAAAUAAUAAUGAAGAUUUUACCUAUUUUAUUUUCCUUCCUUUCAUAUUCGAAAAAAAACUUUGUAUUGACGCGAGAUCCACAGAAAAAAAAAGAAAACAAAGCGCGAUUAAAGAUUUAGCUUCUUGAGAAUUCGCAUAAAUAAGGACAUGAAUAAAAUUAAAUUUGAUGUGAACAAAAAUGUGUAAAAUCGAAAUUUUAAUAAAAAUAUUAAAACAGAA